CUGUGCGCGCCGCCGUUCCUGCGGAAUUCAGGAGGCUGUGGUCGUCGGACUCCGGGAAGCUCUCACCUAGAAAAUAAUGAACAACAAAUUUGACGCUCUGAAAGAUGAUGACAGUGGAGACCACGACCAGGACCAAGGCUCACCGAAAGACAGUGAGAAGGAAAAAACUGAGGACGAGGACAAAGAACAGAACACUUCCAAGAAAAAGAUGGUGGUGCCAGGGGCAGGAGAACACCCUCUUCAAUACAACUACACUUUCUGGUACUCCAGACGCACCCCAGGAAGACCCGCCAGCACUCAGAGCUACGAACAGAACAUCAAACAGAUUGGCAGCUUCGCCUCGGUGGAGCAGUUCUGGCGCUUCUAUAGUCACAUGAUCCGGCCAGGUGACCUGACAGGCCAUAGUGACUUCCACCUCUUCAAAGAGGGUAUUAAACCCAUGUGGGAGGAUGAUGCCAAUAAGAUGGGUGGGAAGUGGAUCAUCCGUCUGAGGAAAGGCCUAGCAUCUCGUUGCUGGGAGAACCUGAUCCUGGCCAUGCUGGGGGAGCAGUUCAUGGUCGGGGAGGAGAUCUGCGGGGCUGUGGUAUCAGUUCGCUUCCAGGAGGACAUCAUUUCCAUCUGGAACAAAACAGCUAAUGACCAGGCGACCACUGCUCGUAUCAGAGACACCCUGCGCAGAGUCCUCAACCUGCCUCCCAACACCAUCAUGGAGUACAAGACACACACAGACAGCAUUAAGUAUAGCCUGGGAAGACUUCCAUGGUCUGGUGAAUGCUAGCGGCGGACGUUAGCCCCUCACACAGAGAACCUCUGCAAGAGUGUGUGUACAUGUGAUGUGUUGGGGGAUGACAAGUCCAGGGAAGGACACCUCUGCGUGGAUUGGCACUGUGUAAUAUGAAGACAGAGCAAAAGUCAGGAUCAGAGGCUAGAGGACCAUUCCUUCUUUGUGUCAAAUUGGAAAUGAAACGGGAACGGGACAACGGGACACAGAGCCAAGUUGAAGAGAGAAAUACACGCUAUUUUAAAUCAACCAGAGGAGAACAAAAACUCCAGUUUUUUUUUUUUUUUUUUAUGUUUUGUAAUGCAACAUGUAACAUCUGUUAACUUGCCCAUCAGAGGAGGGGGGCAUGUGACUGGUGUUUGUUCAUUAGCUGUUAACAAAGUGUACUUGAUAAAAGACAACAAAGCUGACAACAAAACCAGUGUUGUAACGUUAAAUCUGAUUUUAUUGCUUAACAUAACAUCACACUUCCUGCUGUUAAAAUAAGUCUAUGUUUAUCUGUUUUAUUGGGACUUAAACAGGGUUGCUGGUAGAAGUUAUUUUAUUACAGUGCUGUAUUUUAACUACAAUGCCUCUGGUCAUUUCGAACUAGAAUGAUUACUAUGGUUGUGUAUGAUAUAUUUGUAAAUACAGUCCACUUCAAAGAUCACUUAAUUGAAUCAGCAAUGAUUCUUCAUCUUUGACCUGGAAGUUGAAUCCCAAAGGAUGAGGACCAUCCUGUGUUGGGCAGAAGGUUGUAUUAGCGGCAUCUUAAAAAUGGACUUGCCAAGCUGCCUAGAUCACCGUGCCUGGCCUCGAGCCCGACCCGAUCCAGGUUUCCCUUCUGUCUGCUUUGUCUUUACCCCGCCUUUAAAUAAUCCAAGGGUCGGGCUAUGCUUUAAAUGUCCUCAGCAAAGGUGUUUAGGGGUCCUGAAACACUGACCUUCACUCCUUUUCCAUUUUGUAGUAACAGAAAUGAAACUGGGCCCAGGAUCAGGGUCUGUUACAGUUUUUAUUGAUUCUUCGCAAACAUUUUUUGGAGCCAUGUUAAAAAAGCGCCUAUAGUUUGUUUAAAAACUGUAAUGCUGCCCAUAUUUGGUAGUGUGAUGAUGGGUGCAGGUGUGUGUGUGUGUGUCAAAAGUGAAGAAACACUGUUGGAUGUACACCCGAUGGAUUAUAGCAAUAAAUGUCAAAUAUGCAUCUGCUGCUAAA